AUGCAUCUACUUUUACUCUUGCUUCUCAUGACGUUCCUGGGCGUGCUCUUCCGGAACCACAGGCGAAAGUACAGCUUCGCUAAGCUCUGGCCGGAAAUGGAACCGGUGUACCCACUGAUCGGCAACGGCACCAUCAUGCUCGGGAAGAGCGACCCGGACCGGUUCGAUAUGCUGCUCGAGGUGUUCAGCAGGAGCGAUCGAUUGAUUAAGCUUUGGGCUGGCCCGAAGCUGGUUCUUUGUACGAGCCAUCCGGAUCUGAUACGGCAGCUGCUGAACAACGAACACUGCCUGGAGAAACCGUUUCUGUACGAUUUCGUGGGCUACUAUCGGGGCCUUUUUGCGGCCAAAUAUCAUCUGUGGCACGGAUUACGGAAGCGGAUUAACCCGGCCUUCGGCUUUCGAACUCUGCCUCAGUACACUCGAAUCUACGCCAAAUGUGCCCAAAGGAUGGUUCAAAAUUUGUCUCAAUUGCCAAACGGGGCAACGGUUAACAUUUUAGAUUACGCCGCAGUUUGCACGCUGGACAUGUCGUGUGCGGCCACGCUGGGAAUCGACGUGUUUGAAACUGAGGGCAAGGACGAAAUCAUCCGCUGUUUGGACGCUACCUUUGACAUUCCCGCCAAACGAAUGUCCAACAUAUUUCUGCACCCUGACUUCGUCUAUCGACUGACAAAGUAUCACGCUGAGGAAACACGAGCCAGGAAAACAGUUUGCGACUUUUUCAUCAAGCUCAUUUUGAAGAAACGUGCGGAAUUUUUAUCUAAGAGGAGUGAAAUGAUGGAAAAUCGAGCAGCUGCAGAAAAUAAGUCGGCCACAUUCAUCGAUCAGCUGCUAGAUUUGGAAACGUCGAGUGGUGACGAGUUCAGUCAAGCUGAAAUUAAUGAUAACAUCGGUGCUGUUAUGUCGGGGGCCAACGACACCGGCAGUCUUCUCGUAUCCCACGCCUGUCUAUUCCUAGCCUUCCACAAGGACAUUCAGGAGAAACUCUACCAGGAAAUCGUCACAGCUUUACCACCCACAAACAGCAAAGACCCGGACAUCAUCACUCCCGAAAAAAUCACUGAGCUGACCUACUUGGAUCGGUUCGUGAAGGAGUGCCUGCGGCUGACGCCCAGUGGCCCGUUGAUUGCCCGCGAAAAUAUGGCCGAAAUUACGGUGGACGGUGUGCGGGUUCCACCGGGGAACGUGUUUUUGAUUGGACUGUUCCCGCUGCACCGCCGCAAGGACAUUUGGGGCUCGGACGCGGACCAGUUCGAUCCGGACCGUUUUACGGACGAGCGAUCCGCGGGACGACAUCCGUAUGCUUACCUUCCGUUUAGUGGUGGACGAAGGAAUUGUAUUGGUUGGCGUCAAGGACUAAUUUUGACAAAGAUUAUACUGAUAUACUUGAUCAGAAACUUCUUUUUUGAGACCAAAAUUAAUCCAGAGGAGUUACGCUACAAGUUUGAUAUGACUUUGAAAUUGGCUUUUCCACAUCAUGUACAAGUGACCAAACGUUGUUAAUAAAUAU